GAUGACAUGAAGCUUGCUGCAUCCACUGCGCGCGACUGUGGGCUUGCUGGUUUCAUGAUCUUACUGGGUUGCUCCAGUUCCUAUCCCAAGAUGCACUUAGCUUUGGGAGGACAAAGGGAGUGCACUUGAGAGCAGUUUGGGUUUCCAAACAACAAUGAUUAGAAACAACACAGCACACAACAAAACUAAAAUAGGCUGCCGCCGGAUUGAUCGAUGCAUCGAUGGGUCGCGUCUUGUCGUUUCACCGGAAAGGUACGUCGAGUCGCAGUGAACGUGCCACAGAUCGAUUGACCUGUAUCAAGGUCACUUAACGGACAUUUGUAACGUGUCCAAUCAAGUUCAAGGGUUGACGCACCUCCCAAGUGUUGUGCUCAAGUCAACCUCCCAAUGCCGCAAUCAAGUUGAGGGCCCGAAACGAUUUAAGCUUGUCGCCGUCGCGCCGUUCACAAUUGGAUCCUGAGACUGCUUGAAACAUGAAUUCAACCCGUGCGGGCAAGAAGACAAUGCAUGUUGAGACAGCCUCAAGUUCAACGUGUGCGGCUCUUAGCCAGGCUGUGCGAAACUUUGCCAAAUUAAGGGUUCGUUUCACACCACUGGGAGGCCUAGUUCAUGCAGAGGAGGCUGCGGUGAUGACCAAAGCACCGCUGGACGGUUGAUUCAUGGCGCCAAAGGACACGUAUUUUUGGACGGGGAAGGUCUAGCAGCGAACAGAACGAAAGGCAUGAACAGCAAGAACACACUGAAUGGCCUGGUGCUUUCCUGUAUGACUGCGGUCGUCCAGGAAAACAUCCAACAGUUUCUAGCCUUCUAGCCUGGUGCAAUGUGCAGGUCGAAGAUGGUUCACCCAGCUUCUCUUGGCGUCGAAAGAGCGCAGAUCGCAGACUUAAACAUGGCGCAGACCUGCAGACUCGCUGGCGCACAAGCUGGUUACAGAGCCGCGAAAUUCGUCUCGCCUCCACAGAAGCCCCCGCCAUGCACAUAUAGUAUAAUGUAAUACAGUAAUAUAACUAUAACAAUAUAAUAUGCAAUAAUAUGCAAUAAUAUUAUCCAGUAUACAAACAUACACUAGUAUGACUAUAGAUACGCACACUCAAUGAGCAAUUGGAGCUAUGUCAAACCUGUAGCCUCUCCUUUAAUUUGUGGCAACGAUGUUUGGUCAUCCGCCCCAGGGGAAUUUGGGACAAUUCAUUAGAUCCAUUUUAAACUUGAGGGUCGAACCUCGCAUCAGGUUCGCGUCGUUUGCAGAGGCAUGGCGAUGAAGCGCAAGAUGCGCAAGGCGGUCAAGGCGAUGGAGGCUCUUUGCCAAAGAUCUUCAGCAGACCAAUGGUGCCUGUGCUGCCCGGGCCACGUCGAGCUUUCGUGACAGAUGAGACGGACCUGCCCGCAUGGCUUUCCACCAACUCUUUGGAGGCCGCACUAGCUGGACUUUGCUUGUUUUUGCCACUGCUUUCAGUAUCACAGGCUCGCCUGGCUGCUGAUGUUGGUAUGCAGGCCAGCCAACAAAAUGCUGAAAAGCAGAUGAAGGCAGUGCUCUCUGCAGCUGGUGACUUGGGAGGAGCUAGCAUGUUUUGGGCAGAGGGGAGCCUUUUUCCGCAGGCUGCAGACAUGGUUCCGCUGCGAGAAAGGCCCAGCCUUCUCAAGGAUGUGGCUGAUGCAGAUGAGUUCUUGCCACUGCCCUUAGCGCGGGGGCUUGCAGCCGCUGCACAGGUCCUUGCCGCCCUGCUGUGUGCUGCUGCUGCCAGUGGGCGCCAGGCCGUGCUGGCCGUCUCUCUGACAAUCGUCCUGGGGCUGUCGAUCUACCUUCAUCGUAUGCGUUUGCCCUUCUUGCACCAGAUUCGUCGCAUUGCUUCUGUGACUGAAGAUGCUGCAGCCCUCCGGCUGAAGCAUCUGGCCGAGUGCUAUGAGGUGCUUCGAGUUCAUGGUCGGCUGCAAACGCUUUCCGAUGACUAUGAGGCCCUUUGCCAUGACCGUGCACUGGUGGCCACUGCUGCAGAUGCAGCUGGGAGGUGGCUUUACACUCGCUUACACUGCUGCGUAUCGCUCCUGGUGGGAUUGCUUUGCUUCUCCACAUUGACACAGGCGCCUACAGCCUUGCCUUCACGCAUGGGUCUUGCUGUAUCCAUUGCUGCGUUGGUGCAGGUGGCGGUUCUACCGGAUGCUGUCGUGGAGUUGGUGAAGUAUGGCGGUCUCUCCACUCAUGGUUUGGCAGCUCUUCGGCGAAUGUACCAGCUCGUGAAGGAGACUCAGAGUGAGGAGCUCGAGAGUCCCAUUUUCAGUGUCUCGCGGGGCGAGCUGCCCACAGACCGACGAGGCCUCGGUCAGCCCAUUCAUCGGGCUCGAAGCGGCAAGGUUGCAUUGGGUGACUUGAUGGUUGACAAUGAGCUGCCUGAAGAUGUGAUCAAGUCCAAGAAGGAGCAAUCAUUUUCAGUGGUCGGCUUUCCUGUCGAAAAGGUUCCGGCAGACUGGCCAUAUUUUGGAGCCGUGGAAUUUGAAGACGUAACGGUGAGGUACUCCACAGAGUUGUCACCUUCUGUGUCAGAGUGUUCUUUGCGGGUACCUGCAGGGAAGGCUCUCCUGGUGGUUGGUGAAGAAAGCUGUGGCAAGAGCACCCUGCUUCGCACCCUGCUCCGCCUGGCUCCGGAGACGCAGGAGGCCGGCCGUGUGCUGGUGGACGGCAUUGACACUCGUUCCGUGGGGCUGUCCACGCUUCGAGGUCGUGUCGCUGUGGUGCCUCAGGAGCUGGUCCUCUAUCGCGGGACUUGGCUUCAAAACUUGGACCCCAUGGAGGAGUUUUCUGAGGAGGAGGUGCAAAUGGUCUUGCGCUUGACUCGCUUCGAGAAUUGGAUGCUGCGCCAUGCGCCAGAUGGGCUUCACCAGACACUGGAGGAGGGGGGCGCUCCUCAUGGUGCUGCCGCUGUCUUGCUGGGUGUGUCCCGGGCAAUGCUGAGGCUGCUCCAGAAGCGGUCAAAGCUGCUUCUGAUGGAUGCCACCACCUGUCGCUUGAGUGCGUCCUCGGAUGCGGACCUUACUGCGCUUGUGCUCCGCUAUUGCCGCCGCGCUGCUGUCGCAGUGAUGCAGGUGAGUCGCAGAGUGCAGCAAGCGCCGCUCUACGACGAGGUGGCUGUCAUGACUUUGGGACGAAUCCUCGAACAAGGCCCUGCCAAGAAACUCUGGGUCAAGGAUGGUGCUUUGCGGCGCAUGGCAAAAGAGCAAGGUCUGGACUCCGCAAAGAUGACCAAAGCAGAUGCUCUUUCCGCACGGCUUGGCUCAGUCUGGGGCUGGGAGGUGAGCCCUCAAGAAAGUCCAGCUUGGCAAGACGAGUUUACAGUGGGCAUGAAAAAGGUAAAGGCAGAGAAGGAAAAGAAGGAUUCAAGAUGAUUCAAGGGGGCUUUUGGACUGAAGAUCACGGGAGAGAGGUAGAUACGGUCUUCAAAGAAGGCUUUGAUAUUGUCGCCUCAAGGUUUCUCCAAUGGGGGAUCCUAAAGGACACAGUAAUUCAUUCAUUGAAAUGAUCGGUGAGCAGUUGAAGAAGGAUCAGAAUAUGGC